AUGGCGACAAGACCGCUUGCUGUUAUCACGGGUGCGGCAUCUGGAAUUGGUCAUGCCGUGGCGCAGCAUCUAACUAUUAAAAUGGAAAGUUUUUAUAAUUAUGACUACCAAUUUCGUUUGAUUGUCGUUGGUGAUUCUACUGUUGGAAAAUCCUCGUUAUUGAGAAACUUUUGCGAUGGUGUGUUUUCAAAUGAUCCAGAUCCGACGGUUGGCGUAGAUUUCAAUGUUAGAAUCGUUGAAGUAAAGCCUGGUGUGUUUGCAAAACUACAGCUAUGGGACACUGCCGGACAAGAACGAUUCCGGUCGAUAACUCGUGCUUAUUAUCGUAAUUCUGUUGGAGUUUUGUUAAUAUAUGACACGACGAGCUACACUUCCUUCACCCAUGUAACGAAUUGGCUGAAUGAAGCUAGACAACAAAUUCAACCUUAUCAAGCUGUAUUUUUAUUAGUUGGCACUAAAAUUGAUCGUGACGGAAGAAUACACGUCCAGACUGGAUGGGAUGGUGUGAAAUCAGGUCCAAAAUCAACAAAUACAAACAUUCACAGUCAGUCAGUUGAUAUAUCAGCAGAACAGACCAAUCAAAGAGGUGGUGGAUGUUGUGGGGGAGGAGGAAGGACCAGCAACGGUGAUAAAGCUGGAGGUGGUCCUGGUGUUGGAGGGCAAGGAAGUAAACGGUUAGCUCAAACUCAAGCCCAAGUUGAUGAAGUUGUUGAUAUUAUGCGACAAAAUGUAGAUAAAGUAUUAGAAAGAGAUAAAAAUUUAUCGAUAUUAGAUGAUCGUGCCGGUGAGAGAGAAUUGCUGAAUGAGUUAGAGUAUCAGUUGCAAUAUAAUGCGGCUCAAUUUGAACAACAAGCCGGAAAAUUAAAAAGAAAAUUUUGGUGGAAGAAUAUUAAGAUGAUGAUCAUACUCGGAAUAGUCGCUACGAUAUUUACGAUUAUUUUAAUCGCAUGGAUUUAUUCCAAAGUUAAAGCUGUUAAACCAGUUAUUCCACAAACUAGUAUAGGUACGACUGUUUCAUUAAGUGAUCAAGGAGCAAACGUUAAAGGUGGUGGAUCUAUGCGCAUACCAGCAGGUGGACCAAGACAAAAAUUACACUCACGUAGGUCGACAAGUACUUCGUCUACAACCUCGCCGUCUUAUGUAGCACCUCUUGUCGAUGGCGAUACCAUAAGUAAUUCAUCUUCGGUAAAGCGUUGA